AUGCUGGAGACGACCCUGGUGGCGCUGCAGGACAUCACCCUGGAGAAAGUGUUUGAUGACCAAGGGAGGAAGAACCUGUGCGCGGAGCUCCCUGGCAUCAUGGAGCAGGGGUUCACGUGCAUCCCCGGCGGGCUGUGCGUGUCCGGCCUGGGCCGGCCGGUGUCGUACGAGAAGGCGCUGGCGUGGAAGGUGCUCGACGACGACUGUGGCGCGCACUGCAUCUGCUUCAUGUUCGUCAACUGGUCGUUUGUGUAA